GCGGCUGGUGUGGGGGACGCGGAUCUGGCCGGAGGCGUUGGCGAUGGGGAGGCGGGAGUAGGGCCGGGCCGGAGGGAAAGGCGCGAUCUUGGGACGGUCUCCCAUGGGGGGAUGCUUCUCGCUCGAGGAGCAGCGGCUCCAGAGUAGGACAGGCACUUCAGAUGGAGCUAGUGGACCGGAUGGGUUGAAGAAGUGCAAAUCUGAUUCUAAAGCUAUUUCAAGUGUUCUUGCUCCUCCAAAAGAUGUGGAGGACCUGCAAACAGAAGGCUAUGGAAAUGUUAACAUUUUCACGUACAACGAACUGCGAGCAGCCACAAAAAACUUCCGUCCAGACCAAAUUCUUGGAGAGGGCGGGUUUGGAGUUGUUUACAAAGGCGUGAUUGAUGAAAAUGUUAGAGCGGGGUUUCCAUCUGCACAGGUUGCUGUGAAGGAACUAAAUCCAGAGGGGUUUCAGGGAGACAAGGAAUGGUUGGCAGAAGUCAACUAUCUUGGCCAACUUAGUCAUCCAAAUCUGGUUGAACUAAUUGGCUAUUGCUGUGAGGGUUCACAUAGAUUACUUGUCUACGAGUACAUGGCUUGUGGCAGCCUUGAAAAACACCUUUUUCGACGGGUUUGCCUUAAUAUGCCAUGGUCAACUCGUAUGAAGAUUGCGCUCGGUGCGGCAAGGGGGCUUGAGUACCUCCAUGGAGCCGAGAGAUCCAUCAUCUAUAGGGAUUUCAAGACAUCAAAUAUCUUGUUAGAUGCGGAUUAUAAUGCUAAACUUUCAGACUUUGGCCUAGCAAGAACUGGACCUAGUGGAGACCAAACCCAUGUCUCAACUCGGGUCAUGGGAACUUAUGGCUAUGCAGCUCCUGAAUAUGUCAUGACUGGCCAUUUGACAGCACGGAGUGAUGUUUAUGGUUUUGGUGUUGUGCUUCUGGAGAUGAUAAUUGGGAGGAGGGCUGUGGACAAGAGCCGACCAAGCCGUGAGCACAACCUAGUUGAGUGGGCACGCCCCCUCCUUGUCCACAAUCGCAAGCUUUUCAGAAUCAUUGAUCCAAGAAUGGAAGGCCAAUACUCCACCAAGGCUGCCAUUGAGGUGGCCAGCCUUGCGUACCGAUGCUUGAGCCAGAACCCUAAAGGGCGGCCAACCAUGAGCCAGGUUGUUGAAACCUUUGAGGCGGUUCAGAACAUGCCGGAAUGCCAGGACAUACUCCUGCAGAACUGCAUCACUGGCUCUGUGACGCUCUACGAGGUCCCCAAGGAAUCCAUUGAACGUGUCGAGACGGAGAAGCCGAAGCUAGAACCAGCAGCUAAGACCGAUGCCGUGGCUGUGGCUCUGCCACCGGUGAACGGAAAGCCAGUGCCCCAGAGCAGGAGAACACGGCCAGCGAACGGCAGGAGCAAGAGCGAGCCGUCUCUGGAGUGCAAGCUGUACAUCCCUUCGCCCGACUCUGAUGGGCAUCAGCUCGGUCUGGAAGCCCUAGCAUCGCCCCCUUCCAGAAAUGGCAGUAGGCAUGAUGAUCCUCCUCCUCUGGACGAGGAUCUGUACAAGAUAUAAGUAAUAACAACAGCAGCAGUUUUUGAUGACGAUCGAGUUUUCCUCGCUCGGGUUUUGCAUUGCCAUCCAUCUUGAUCAUCAAGAUCAGUCAGUCAGUCAGUCAGCCUGGUGUUGGCAGAACCACCUUGCUAGGUUUUCUUGUUCCUCCUGUUAGCAAAUUGUACGUAGAGGAGAGUUGUGGGAAGCAUGCACUGCUGAGUGCCUGCCGUGACGAUGUUCAUGCUGUAAACUCGAAACGGUUCUCUGGGAAUAUGAUCCACACCAAAAUGGUAAUGGAGAGAUUUGUGUUGUCA